UAAUUAGAAUAAUUAAUGAAUUGAAUUCCGUACGUCACUUACGUACGAAUAUGUCAUUUAUUAAUAUGCUCAAUUGGCGCUAAUUAAGACUCCAAAAUUGCUUUCUAAAAUACUAAGGUGGCAAAAAGAAAUGUGGCUGGCUAUUAGUAAAUGGCGUAUUUAGUCAUUACUAUGAUUUUAUGGUAUAUUUAUAGGAGUACUUCCACGAUGGCCUAUCAUAUCCGAGACCUUCGUCGAACAUAUCGCAUCACUAUCACCAUUUAAAACCAACACUAAGAUGUCUGUACAAUUAUUUGCCUUUGCUCUUCUCGCCUGCAUAGUAACUGCCUACGGCGCAAAACUGAGCGAUGCUCAUAAGUUUCAUAACACAGAGAUCGUACCCGUAGAAAGAGAAGGACGAAUUUUAGUAGUGCCGACUUUGGGAGACGUGAUUUUUACAGGGUUAAAAGUUACUUGGUUCCUCAUUUCAACGGCCUGGUCUCUCAUUGGCUACAAACUGGCGGCCAUCACUGUGCUAGCCGACGUGGCCAUCUGGAUCGCGCACAACUGUCUCCACGCGAUCAUCGGUGCGGCGGUGACGCUGGCCUUCUGCAAGCUCACCGGCAAGUGCAGUCUGGACUACGCCGAGUACGAGCCGGAGCUCGCUCUGGCUGCUAAGCACCUCACCGACGGCACUGCCAAAUUUACCAGUUAAAUUGUAGAAUACUUGCGUCUUACGUUGUUUCCAGUUUCCAUAUUUAUUACACAUGAAAUAAAUUAAUUUUAAAGAACCU